AUGGAGUUGAGCCUAUCGAAUGAAUUGACAAGACCAUUUCGGAUACCGCGAAGAAAACAAGACUCAGCACAGGCGACAAAAGAUGAAACGAGCACCAAUGCCUCCCCCCUCACGGCGACGAUCUCGCGACGAUCGGUGAACGAAUUCGAUCAAGCAACGCCGCAUCGCGGAGCACAAAAGAGACACGAUCUUUCACCGACGAAAACACCUCGUCCGGAGAAAUCGUACAAUCAUGUGAAACACCACGAACAGCAAUCAUCGAGACAAAAAAGAGAGCAGAAACCUAUGCGAGCACAACAAAAACAACAACAACAACAACAACAACAACAACAACAACCCGUUCAACAACCACAAAUCGUGCAAAAUCAACAACCGACGACGAGUCACGAUGAGCUUUUUGAUCGGAUAUUUGGCACAAAAGAUCCUCAACCGCCAACCCCUUCCGUAGCCGCUCCUGCUGUUGAAACGAGUGCCGGGGAAAUGAAAUUGACGAGACAACGAUUGAUGGAACAUCGAUAUGAUGAUAGAGCGUGCAGAGAUUUUCUUCGUCGCGACGGCCUAAUGGAAAGGAUUUUGGGGCACAAAAUGUUGACAGGAAAAGUGGACAGCCAUGAGAGAAUGGGAUAUGUCAGAAUGGAGGCCGGAGAUCGACCCGAAAGAGCUUUCGAAAUCGAUGACACUCUACAGGGUGGAUCGGCCGGUUUGGGCUCAAUGGCACCGCCACCGCCGGCACCCGUUUUACUGCAAGGACGAGAUGGACCGAAAACGCCACCAGAGUUCGGUGUGAGACGUCGUGGCCCGAAAACGCCGCCUGGCAGCCCGAGUCCAUCGAUGAGUCCACCACCAAUGAUGAGAAAAACGAGAAAUAAAGAAAAACGUCGAGAAAUCCAUCGUGCAGUCACUCCACCGCCACCCGUACCUCAACCAUCGAACUAUGCGAAUGCAGCUGAUCCGAAUUUAAUCCUCCAGACAAUGAUGAUGGCCACUGGUGCGCAUAUCUCGAUUGAUGAGGAUAUGAAGAGAGCGCUCACUGGAAUGACACCGGAAUCUUUCAUGGAAACGAUCAAGAAAGCGAUCAAAGAUGGCCAAAAUCCGCAAGAACAACAGAGCUUGGGUCCAACGCCGCAGAAACGAGCGAAAUGUGAGGAAAUCUCGUACGGGACCGAGUCCGUCUCGAUGGAAUUGGCCUCGUCCGUUUCGAGCACCUCUCCGCCACCGCCACCCCCACCAUUACCAAAGUCACCGAUUCUUACGGCUCCUCCACCUCCUCCGCAACUUCAUAUGCAUCCGUUGAUGAACAACGAGAAAACGGUGAUUGGUGGAGGAAUCUGUUUACCAACAAUGGCGAAUACGAUGAUGAACAAUGUACCCCCACCGGCAUUCCCUCAUUCGAUUCCGCAUCAUCAUCAUCACCCUCCUCCACCCCAUGUACAUCCCACCGCUCUCCACAAAAUCCCUCCCCACUCCUCUCUUCCACCACCACCUCAUCCCUCUUCACUUAUGAUGCCACCACCGAUUCUCCAACAACAACAACAACAACCAACUAGCUCCAAUCAAGUCUUUCAACAGGCGCCGAUGAAUCUCUCGAUUCCGCCGCCACAAAUCCCACACAAACCACCGCCGAUGAUGCCCCCGAUGCCGCCGAGUGGACGCGAUGCACAGCACUCCUCCUUGCCGCCUAUGGUCGGUGGAUCUCCGCUAAUCAUCGCUCCACCCCCACCCCCGCCACCGUCAAUUCCUCAAUCAUCAAUGGUGGCUCUAAUGAGUGCUCCACCACCACCACUCCUUCAACCCCCGCCCGGUCCACCGCCACCGCCAUCUGCACAAUACGCUGUGCCACCACCGCCGAUGAUGAUGCCGAAGACUUCAAUCGAUGCACCUCCAAUGCCACAAUUCACCAAUCAACAGCAACCAGUGACCCCGAAAAGCGAACCGCCGAAGCUAAAGGUGACAAUUUUCGAGGAAGGUCAAUACCCGAGCGGAUCGUCGACUCCGAGCAAUCGAGAACGGGCAACGAAUGGACCUGGCACUCCAAUGCCUCCAAGACCGCCGAAUGUACGCAAUGUGCAAGCGACUUUGUUCAGCGCUUUGGGAUUAUCGAAUCAAUCACAAAAAGAACAGAUCACUCCAAAGUCGUCGAUUGUGCCUCAAAAACAGCAAAAACGAGCUCAAAAUCAGCAAAAACCAUUUAAAACGCAAGAAAACGCGAAAAACGACGGGAAAAUUGAGGGUUCAUCAGCGAAUUUCGCACAAAAUUCUCAAUCCACACUACCGCAAACGCUAGCCGAAUCGUUUAAGGCGAGAGGAAGGGAUUGG